ACGGCGGGGCGGGGCGGGAAAGCGGCGGCGGCAGCGGCAUGGCAGCGAGGCAGGGGUGAACGCCGAACCCGGUACCGGCAGCCGGCCCGCAGGGUGCGGUGGCCAACAUGGAUUUUCUCUUCAUCUGCCCCUUCCUGCUGCCACUGCUGCUAUCCCAGAGCAGCUUUGCAGACCUGGAAAAGCAGAGGGUGGACUCUGGAUUAGAAAUCUAUAAGAAGCUGUUUGAGGUGAAGCGCAAGGACCAGAUGAAUGCACUGAAGAACCUGAUCGAGCUCAAUGAUAUCAACCAGCAGUACAAAAUCAUUGACAUCAUGCUCAAGGGACUCUUCAAAGUGCUGGAGGACUCCCGGGCUGUGCUCAUUGCUGCUGACGUGCCUCCUGAUGGCCCUUUCCCUCAGGAUGAGAAGAUAAAGGAUGCAUACUCACACGUGGUGGAGAACACCGCUUUCUUUGGGGACGUCGUCCUGCGCUUCCCCAAGAUUGUGCACCACUACUUUGACCGCAACUCCAACUGGAACAGCCUGAUCCGCUGGGGCAUCGGCUUCUGCAACCUGACAGGCGUGUUCGAGCAAGGACCUCACUCCCAGGUUCUGGGGCUGAUGGCUCAGGAGCUGGGAAUCAGUGAAAAAUCACCUGAUUACCGCAACCCCUUUAAAACAGACCACUCAGAGUUUUUCCCCAGUGCUGACACCUUCCAGAAGGCGCUGCGGGAGGAGGAGAAGCGGAGGAAGAAGGAGGAGAAGCGGAAGGAGAUCCGCAAGGGCCCACGCAUCUCCCGCUCGCAGUCAGAGCUGUAGCACACGGGGUCUUGCUCCCCGCGGUGGGGGCGAUGCCGCUGGGACAUGAAGCCUCUCACUCCCUCUUGGCAGCCUCGGGCCGGUGCGCGGUGGUCCCCUUGCUGUUUGUGCUGCAGGUUUUUGUUUUGUUGCCUUUCCCUUUCCUUCAGCGGGGGGCCAGGCCACGGUGUCACUGGGUUGCCCCAGCAGGGCUGGGGGGCACUGGAAUGGGGGGCCCCUUCCCCAGAGCUGAAGCACAGAUGGGAAGGCAGUGGACCCAUCCCCUGGACUGCUUGGGGCGUUGCCCCCCGUGGUGGGUGAGGAGGGACACGCUGUGGAUAAGCCCCACCGGGAGCCCGGGGAUCCCUCCCUUCUGCAGCACAGGGUGCCCUGCGCUGAACGUGCCUCCUCUGCUGUGGGUGGGCUGGGGAGCGCAUCACGGCAAACAGCCUCUGAGCAAUGCUGCUUCCCUCAGUUUUGGUGGUUUGUUUUUUUGUUGUUUGGGGCUUUUUGUUGCUUUUUAUUUUUUAGCCGAUGAUGUCAUCAGCACCCUCCCACCUGGUUUAUACCUGGCCUCUGCCCAGGCGCUACAUCUGCCAGAUCAGCUCUCCCCUCUUUCCACCAGAUGUUUUACCAAGCAACAUGUGUUUCAUCAGUCAGCUGUUGUUGAAAAGGCAGAUUGUGCCGUUUCCUGGCCUGAUGGCAUCCCAAUCUUCCUCUUCCUCUCCAUCGACGGGAGAAAAACAUGCAGUGAAUUUUUGGGAAGGAGGAAUUUUUACUCUUGGCCCUCUUCGCAGCCCAUGUGUGCCCAUCAUUCAAGCCCUGCCCUAGGUGCGGAGGAACCAGCCCUGAACCACUGUGAACCUGUCCUACACCCGUCCUACACCCCACACACUGCCCUCACUGUCCUGCUCCCCUCAUCCCUCCAGUGUGGGGCUGCUCCUCUCUAAUUAAGUCACCCAAUCCCCCUUCUGAAGGGGCCAGCUGGCUGUGGGCAGGUGGGGACAGCAGGGCUUCCACCCUCCGGGGGGUGUGUGGGCUGCAUGGAGGGCAGAGGCAAGGGGCUGGCCCCGGGUCCCGGCACAACCCCCCCUACCAAUUCACAUAGUUGCUAAUGAACUCACACCCGAAGAGGCUUUUGCAGAGGGAUCGCCCCCGAGAAGCAGGUGCUCUGUGCCGAGCCGGGGGCACCGCAGCCUUUGGGAAAGGGGAAACGUCCUGAUUUUUUAAUGCGGAGCCACGUCCGUCCGGCGCUGGAGGUGGGGGGUGGUAAUGAGCGCGUGAUUUGUUUAAUUUGAUUAAAACUGUUGGGGUUUUUUCAUUUUUAAGUAAAAGAAGCUAGAUCUUU